GGCGCCGGGCCCCUUCCGGCUCGGCCGGAAGUGGAGCUUGAGCUUCCCAUGAUGCUGCGCGGGGGGCCUCUUCUUAACCGCAGCUGGACUGAGGCCGGCAAGUCGCGAUGGCUGCGCCGGAGCCGGAUCCUGUGUCUGUGCUCUCUCCUGCCACCGUCCCAGAUUUGGAGUGGUAUGAGAAGUUGGAAGACACUCCUGGUCCCCAGGUAGAACUCCUUGAGGCUGUCACGUCGGCCCAGGAAACGUCGAACUCUUCGGAGUCCUUUUACCCAAGAGACUGCUUGGUGCCAGUGGUGUUUCCUGGGCCUGUGAGCCAGGAAGGCUGCUGUCAGUUUACUUGUGAACUGCUGAAACAUAUAAUGUACCAACGCCAACAGCUCCCUCUGCCCUAUGAACAGCUGAAGCACUUCUACCGAAGAUCUCCCCAGGCAGAGGACAUGGUGAGGAAGAAACCUUGGACCACUACGGAAGCAAGCAGCAGGAAGUGCCAACAGGCUCUGGCAGAACUGGAGAGUAUCCUCAGUCAUCUCCAGGACUUCUUUGGCCGGACUCUAGUACCACGAGUAUUGAUCCUCCUCGGGGGAAAUGUCCUAAGUCCUAAGGAAUUCUAUGAACUCGACUUGUCCAGGCUGGCCCCCUUCAGUGUGGACCAGUGCCUGAGCACAGCAGCAUGUUUGCGUCGCCUCUUCCGAGCCAUUUUCAUGGCUGAUGCCUUUAAUGAGCUGCAGGCUCCUCCGCUUAUGGGCACCAUUGUCAUGGUCCAAGGGCACCGGGACUGUGGAGAAGAUUGGUUUCGACCCAAGCUCAACUACCGAGUGCCCAGUCGGGGUCACAAACUCACUGUGACACUGUCCUGUGGCAGACUUUCCAUCCCCACCAUGGCUUCAGAAGAUUACAUUUGGUUCCAGGCACCAGUGAUACUUAAAGGUUUCCAUGAGUAAGUGAAUGAGGGUGCUUCAUUGUGAAGACAAUGGCUGGAUUCUCUCCCCUCUGGCACCAAGGCACUCCUCUCGUUUUGGAACCAAAGCUACUUCCUGGUAAGGGAAGAAGGCUGUGUGCCUCCCUUCUGCAGACUUCCCGGUGGCUGAUGGUAUGUUGCUGUAGCUGUGGACUGAUAAUCAUCAUGGAGCAAAGUCCCUGAAUCAAAGACUAACUUUCCUGGAGGCUUAGAAAGCAAAGGCGGGCCGGUGGUAGAUUCUCCUAUGGAGGUGGCCCUUCUCUGCUUUUUGCUGUGUCUUUUCAGAACUGCUAUCAUGGUCGUAAUGUGUGUGGAAUUCAUGAAUUUAAAUAUGGAAUGAACAGAGUCCUAUUAAAUUUUCCUGACACUUUUGACUUAGA